CUCACUUCCGGGCCUCUGCAGCUUUGGAAGGUUUGAGCGCGAAAUGCUGUGAGCGCAGCUCCUGAAAGGAUUCAAUGAUCAGUUUUUUCAGUCGUGGAGCGAAGUGCAGCGUUAGUGGUGAGUGCCUUGGAGCCUUAAGGAAACUGUGGUUGGCAGCGUCGCUACCCCGAGGCAUCAAUUGCAAAAAAUUUGAAACACUGUUACAAUUGUUCCCUUUAAAUCAAGAUGUCUAGCAAAGCAAAUGCUUCCAAGAAAAAGUCUCAACAGUUAAAAAGAAAUCCAAAAAGAAAAAUUGAUGAAGAAGCAAAAAUAUCAGAGAAAAAGGUUAGAAACACAGUGAAAAAAAAUAAAAAUCAUCCAAAACAUCUGUCUUCUGAAGUGACAAGACAGACAAAGCAUACUACUCUAAAACAGGUAAAGAUCGCAUCCAGCAAGAGAAAAACCUGGCAACCUCUUUCGAAGAGUAGCAGAGAACAUUUGCAAACUAUGAUGGAAUCGGUAGUAAUAGCAAUUCUGAGUAACAGUGUUAGAGAAAAAGAACAAAUUCAAUAUCAUCUGAAUUUCUUAAAGAAAAGAUUGCUGCAACUGUGUGAAACCCUGAAAGUCCCUCCCAAAAAGCUGCAAGAUUUAUCUCAUGUGUCAAGUCUACUGAAAAUGGAAAGGGCACAGCACAGAGCUAAUGAGGAAGGUCUGGCAUCUUUGCAGGAAGAAACAGAUAAAAUGGUAGCGACUAUAGAGUCAAUGACUGGGGAUAUUCACAGCCUAAAGAACAAAGUUCAUGUUCUGACAAGUGAGGUGGAAGAAGAAGAAAAGAAGAUAAAACAGAUGUUUCAAAUAGAUAGUGGGGUGCUCUCUCUUCCUGAACUUUCUCAAAAGAGUCUCAGAGCACCCAUCCUUCAGAGAGAAAUUCUGACGCUAAUUCCAAAUCAGAACAGUCUUCUGAAGGACUUGGAAGUUCUCCAUAAUUCAUCCCAGAUGAAGCACAUGUUCACCUUCAUUGAAGAAGUCUAUAAAAGACUGGAUGCCUCUUAAAGAGUUGUUUUGUUUUGUUUUUUUGUAGAUUGUCCCAUAUUAAUUUAAUGUUUAUGAAUUUGUAAAAAUGUUGAUCUAUGUGAUAUUGCAGAGGCUUAGGCUUCUUCAGAUACGCACUUUAAAAUUAACCUCUAUAGAUCUACCAUAAGCAUCUAAUGUAGGCCUUAAAGACUGUUUUUAUCAGUUCACAAGCCUAGGAACUCACAUUUAUGUUACUGUAUCUCCAGUUAUGUGCCCAUAACCAUAGUGAGAAUAGCCACAAUCUGAUGGUUUAUAAUGGCUGGAUAGAGCUUGUUUAUCAUUUAAUGCAAAGCAAGUGUGAUACUAUGAUUUAAUAUAUGUAAAUAGUUUAUAGUGCCUAGCACAUAAAAACAUAAGCGUUUGCUAUCCUUAUUGUUCUUUAGCUGAUGACUUGCAUUUUCUGUCUGGUCCUGUGGAACUCGCAACAUCCCCAAAUGCCUUUGCUCUUUUACACAACACCCUAGACUUUUUGUGGCUUCAUUAAGAUUUGCCAGGUGUCUUUAACUUUAAAGGCAGCAUGAACGUUUUGUUUCUUUGUUUAGAUUAGUGAAUAAAUGUUGAAUAUUUAUUUUCUACUCUCAUCAGAGCAUACCUUUAUUUCAUAAAAUUGUUAAAAAGAAACCCAAGCUCAUUUACUCCCUUAAAACAAAUGCCAAGCUGCCGGGAGCCAUUAUGGGAGAUCCUGCCCAUGACGAGGUCAUGAGGAAAAAACCUGACAGGCAAGGCCGUCCAGGAUAUAAGGGACCCUCCAGGUUGUUCUCGGUCUCUACCCCACCCUAUAUCCUCCCCCCUUAUCUGCUGUUGUUGUUUGCCCUGCUGCGGAUUCUUGUGUUGCCUGCCAAAAGCUCUCCUGCUCCUCUUUCAUUGAAUAAAGACCAACUUAAAACCCUAAUUAAUAAAUCUCCUGGACGCUGGUACCCUAUGAAGGGGCCAGGGAUGAAGGAAAUGCUUCAGUUCAAACCCUUUUGCUGGCAUUCUGGCUUGUUUGAUAAAUGUGUGCUCUCAUUGCAAAAAUGCGCAUGAUUGUUCUAAACAUCCUAAGCACAGUACACUAACAAAAGAAACUAUUAAGCAUAGGCCCCUUCGUGGGGUGAGAAAAGCUCCACAAAUAUGAUAGCCACAAAUGUGCCUAGUAGAAAAUACUUUAGAUAGAGAUUAGCUGGCGACUUCUUGCAGGUAAUUAACUUUUAGACUUAAGAGCCUGUUUUGUGCUAUAUCUGCUGUUUCUGCAGUCCUUCGCAUUUCUGUUCUGUAAAAAUGUAAUCCUAUCUAGUUCCCAUAGAGAUGACGCCUAUUAGAAAGAAAAUAGAUUAAUCAAAAGAAAAACAGGGUCGGCUACUGAAGUUGCUUAAGUCACACCAGGUGCAAGCCAUAAAAUGUUAGCAGGCCUGAAGGCCAAAUGAUAAGAAAGACUCUUGUGAACGAAAAGUAUGUGGGUGACAUCCCGUUUCUGUUGAAGGUCAAGUUGCUAUAAUGUUUUGAGAUGACCUGUGUGUAAGCAAUAUGCACUUCCCCCAAAAGAUGUUCUUAAGGGUAUAAAGGGGCCGUGCAAAAAUAAACUUCAGACUCAGCCUCGA